UUCGGCGUCGGGUGAAAGAAAAUGGCCCGAACCAAGCAGACAGCUCGUAAAUCCACGGGUGGGAAAGCCCCCCGCAAACAGAUAGCCACGAAAGCCGCCAGGAAAAGCACCCCCUCCACCGCCGGGGUGAAGAAGCCGCAUCGCUACCGGCCCGGGACCGUGGCGCUGCGAGAGAUCCGUCGCUACCAGAAGUCGACCGAGCUGCUGAUCCGCAGGCUGCCCUUCCAGAGGCUGCUGAGGGAGAUCGCGCAGGAGUUCAACGCCGACCUGAGGUUUCAGAGCGCGGCCGUCGGUGCGCUGCAGGAGGCCAGCGAGGCGUACCUGGUGGGGCUGUUCGAAGACACCAACCUGUGUGCCAUCCACGCUGGGAGAGUCACCAUCAUGCCCAGAGACAUCCAGCUGGCUCGCCGGAUACGGGGGGACAGAGCUUAA